UAUAUCUCUGUAUCUAUACAUUAUUACAUUACAUCUAUAUAUAUCUUUCAAAGAAUAUGAUCACAAUUGUGUAAAAAUUCAUAAUUUACAUCACCCAUUUUGAUUUUAUUACAAUUGGAAUUACAAUUUUUUUAAAAAAAGAAAAAGAAAAGAAGAAAAGACACCAUGUAUCAAUGGAGGAAAUUCGAAUUCUUUGAAGAAAAAUACGCCGGAAAAAGCGUGGGGUCCGAUGAAGUCACCGGAAAAAUAGAGUGUUGUUGCAGUGGAAGAGGGAAAGUAGCGGUUGGUUGUGAAGAUGGAAGUGUUAGCUUAUUAGAUCGUGGUUUUAAGUUCAGUUAUGGAUUCCAAGCUCAUACUUCCUCUGUUUUCUUCCUUCAACAACUCAAGCAACGCAACUUCCUACUAACCGUGGGAGAAGAUGAACAAAUAUCUCCACAGCUAUCUUCUGUGUGCCUCAAGGUUUUUGACCUUGAUAAAACUCAACCAGAGGGUCCAAGCACCUCGGUUCCUGAUUGUAUCCAGAUUCUACGAAUAUUCACCAAUCAGUUUCCAGAGGCAAAGAUAACAUCAUUUCUAGUCCUGGAGGAGGCUCCACCAAUAUUGCUAAUAGCCAUUGGGUUAGACAAUGGUUGCAUUUAUUGCAUUCAAGGGGAUAUUGCACGUGAGCGUAUCAAACGCUUCAUGCUUCAAGUCGAAAAUCGUCAAGAUAAAAGUCAGUGUGCCAUAACUGGGAUGGCGUUUCGUGUUGAUGGGAAAACUUUACAACUAUUUGCAGUCACUCCCGCUUCUGUAAGCUUGUUUAACUUGCAGACUCAGCCAGCUAGCCGGCAAACCCUGGAUCAAAUAGGAUCCAAUGCGAACAGCGUUGCAAUGAAUGACCGCUUGGAGCUUAUUAUUGGUCGACCUGAGGCUGUAUAUUUUUAUGAAACUGAUGGUAGAGGUCCGUGUUGGGCAUUUGAAGGAGAAAAGAAAUUUCUUGGUUGGUUUCGGGGAUAUUUGUUAUGUGUCAUUGCAGACCAAAGAAGCGGAAGCCAUACAUUUAAUAUUUAUGAUCUCAAAAACCAUUUAAUUGCACACAGUAUAGUGGUUAAAGAAGUAUCUCACAUGCUAUGUGAAUGGGGAAGCAUACUGCUUAUAAUGAGUGAUAAAUCAGCUAUAUGUAUUGGAGAAAAAGAUAUGGAAAGUAAAUUGGAUAUGCUUUUUAAGAAAAAUCUUUAUACUGUAGCUAUCAAUCUUGUUCAAAGUCAACAAGCUGAUGCAGCUGCAACGGCUGAAGUGUUAAGGAAGUAUGGCGAUCAUCUAUAUAGCAAGCAGGAUUUUGAUGAAGCUAUGGUCCAGUACAUCCAUACCAUUGGUCAUCUAGAACCUUCAUAUGUGAUCCAGAAGUUUCUAGAUGCACAAAGGAUCUACAAUCUUACGAACUACUUGGAGAACUUACAUGAGAAAGGUCUUGGUUCGAAAGACCACACUACCCUUCUUUUAAACUGCUAUACCAAACUGAAAGAUGUGGACAAAUUGAACGUUUUUAUAAAAAGCGAGGAUGGUGUCGGGGAGAAUAAGUUUGAUGUGGAAACUGCAAUCAGGGUUUGUCGAGCUGCCAAUUAUCAUGAACAUGCAAUGUAUGUUGCCAAAAAGUCUGGGAGGCAUGAGUGGUAUUUAAAGAUAUUGCUUGAAGACUUAGGAAGAUAUGAAGAGGCGUUGCAGUACAUUUCUAGCCUUGACCCAAGUCAAGCUGGUGUGACUGUUAAAGAGUAUGGUAAAAUACUUAUAGAGCACAAGCCCGUGGAAACCAUAGAAAUUUUGAUGAGGCUUUGCACAGAAGAAGGUACACAUGCAUAUAUGUUACCGUCUCCAGUUGAUUUUCUUAAUAUUUUCAUACACCAUCCAAGAUCACUUAUGAAUUUUCUUGAAAAGUACAUAAAGAAAGUAAAUGACUCGCCCGCUCAAGUAGAAAUUCACAACACGUUGUUGGAGCUAUAUUUGUCUGGUGACUUAAAUUUUCCGCUAAUGUCACAAGCUAAUAUUAGUGAGAAUGGUAGUUCCAAACAUGUGGUUAAUGGAAAGUUAACUCCAGUACAUAAAGACGAAAAAACUGAAAACGAUCAUCAAGAGAGACAUCAGAAAGGGCUUCUAUUGCUUAAGAGUGCAUGGCCGUCUGAUCAAGAACAGCCACUGUAUGAUGUUGAUCUGGCUAUAAUCCUGUGUGAAAUGAAUGCUUUUAAAGAAGGCCUUUUAUAUCUUUAUGAAAAGUUGAAACUUUAUAAAGAGGUUAUCGCUUGUUACAUGCGCUCACAUGAUCACGAUGGUCUGAUUGCUUGCUGUAAGAGGCUUGGGGAUUCAGGGACGGGAGGUGACCCUACGCUUUGGGCAGAUUUAUUGAAGUAUUUUGGCGAACUUGGGGAAGAUUGCUCUAAAGAAGUGAGGGAAGUUUUGACUUAUAUUGAAAGAGAUGAUAUUUUGCCUCCUAUUAUGGUUUUGCAGACACUUUCCUCAAAUCCAUGUCUUAGCCUCUCUGUCAUUAAAGAUUAUAUAGCUAGAAAACUGGAACAUGAGUCGAAGCUUAUUGAAGAAGACCGCCGAAUGAUUGAUAAAUAUCAGGAAGAGACGUCUACAAUGAGAAAAGAAAUUCAAGAUUUGAGGACUAAUGCCAGAAUAUUUCAGCUAAGCAAAUGUACUCUUUGCACUUUCACACUUGACCUUCCUGCUGUCCACUUUAUGUGUAUGCACUCAUUCCAUCAGCGUUGCCUUGGUGACAAUGAAAAAGAAUGUCCGGAAUGUGCCCCCGAGUACAGAUCUGUUCUUGAAAUGAAAAGGAACUUGGAACAAAACUCCAAAAACCAAGACCAGUUCUUCAAUCAAGUUAAGAGUUCAAAAGAUGGAUUUUCAGUAAUUGCUGAAUAUUUUGGAAAAGGAAUUAUUAGCAAGACUAAUAAAGGACCCGCCGGAUCUUAACUCCGCCACUGAUUUCUGAGCUUACAUUUGUUCGUUUGAUCUUAUUUUGUAUUUUUUGUUAGAAACCGAAAAAAGAGUGACCAAAAGGACGGUAACCUAAGCUUCUCAUGCUCAAGAAGGAAGGAGUACAUACACUGUUAUAGUUUUAUAUAUGCAGCUCUAGAAGAGUUGUUUUUGUAAUAUUUAUAAGUUAUGGUGUUGUUUUCAUUAGAAAUAUUAUGAGGUAUUCUUACAUGCUGUGUUUGUGAAACAUUUUUCUAAAAUGCAUUUUAUUUGAUUUUACACA